GCCACCGCUCCAAGGACGCGCGGCCACCCGCGGCUCGCGCUCCCCGGCCCCGGCGCCGCCGGUGCCCGAGCCCAGCGUGAAUGGGAAGAUGGAGAUGGAUGUUGAGGGAGUUUCUCCGCGCCCGGAGCCCAUCCCCCGCUCCCAGGGGGCUGGCGGAGCCUGCCAGGCGCCGCCACCGCCGCCCCAGCCCCAGCCGCCGCCCCAGCCCCAGCCGCCGCCGCCGCCGCCGCCGCCGCCGCAGCUGGCUCCGGAUGAACUGCCCGGCGAGAGUGCCGGCGCCGAGGACAGCGACGAUCCCGAGGCGAGCCCCAACGGCGAGAAGGGAGAGGGCAAGUACUCAGUGCAGGAUCCGCUCGGGAGAGCUGGGGCGAGGCUGGCUGAGGUUCUCAAGGAGCUGAGUUUUGAGUUCAGGUGCCCGCCCAGCUGUGGAAUGAUGCUUCCAGACCUUUCAGACCUUUGAGACCUCUGGGCGCUCUCAGAAAGCACUUCAAGCCUCCCGUCGGCAUCCGGUGGCCCAGGGGAGUCCCAGGGAAAGGCGGCAGAGAGGCGAUGGAUGGAAAGGUGGCGGGUACCCCAAGGUGCUCACAACAGCAUCCCGGAGAUUCCACACCACUGGCUGCUCCCAAGCACGAAGCCACCCUCCCUGGGAGGCGGCAGGAAGCCAGCCUGGAGGAGGCUCCCCUUUUUGGCCAGAGGACUGACCACCAUCUCAGGUGUCCUGGGAACUGCUGGAGGACAUAGAGGGGGAUGCUGCUGGUCCCCAGGACAGAACCCAGCAGCUGGAACCCAGAAGCCCCCAGCCCGGGACUCCAGCCCAGCCUCCUUCAGACUAUGCAGCCUGAGCGGCGGUUCAGAUGGGACUAUUUUUGCUUUGCUGUCACCUCACUGACACAUAAUCCUGGAUGCUUUUCAAUGGUCGGCUUUUCUUUUUCCCCUCUAUCUUUUCUUUUUCUGGGCCCUGGGGAUUGUAAGGAAAGAAUUACUUGGGAAAAUACAAUUCUGUUGCCAAAAUGAGCCUUGUUUAUGAACAAAUACUGUCCCUAGGGAUUUUCUGAAUUGCAAUCCCAGGAUACCUACUAAAUGGGGUUGCAUGGUUCGAUGUGUGUGGUACUGAUCCUUCAAUUAAAAAUACAUUUACUUUUCUUCCUUUUUUUUUUUUUUUUUU